GAGAGAAAGGACCGCUGCUGGGGAUGGGGUUGCGGCGGCGAGCGCCGAGAAGUGCGCACGCGCACUGACCCCGCGGGCCCUAGCAACCAGAGCAGUGACAGUAGCAACCGCCGUUAUGGCGAAAGCAACAACAAUCAAAGAAGCCCUAGCGAGAUGGGAAGAGAAAACUGGCCAGAGGCCAUCUGAAGCCAAAGAGAUAAAACUUUAUGCCCAGAUUCCCCCCAUAGAGAAGAUGGAUGCAUCCUUGUCCACGCUUGCUAAUUGCGAAAAACUUGAGGAUAUUAUCAUUAGGAAGAAACAACAUAAAGAACUUAAAUGGACUGGAGGCAGUAGGGGAUACAUUAGAAGAACUGUGGAUCUCGUACAAUUUUAUUGAGAAGUUGAAAGGGAUCCACGUAAUGAAGAAAUUGAAGAUUCUCUACAUGUCUAAUAACCUGGUAAAAGACUGGGCUGAGUUUGUGAAGCUGGCAGAACUGCCAUGCCUGGAAGACCUGGUGUUUGUAGGCAAUCCCUUGGAAGAGAAACAUUCUGCUGAGAACAACUGGAUUGAAGAAGCAACCAAGAGAGUGCCCAAACUGAAAAAGCUGGAUGGUACUCCAGUAAUUAAGGAGGAUGAGGAAGAAGAUAACUAAUGCCACGUUUUCCACUUUGUGUUAACUUAUUUAAAUGUCAUAAGAACAAUAGAUACAUUUUAUAUAAUUGUCUAUUUUAAAGAUUCUGUAUGGGACAAAAGUUUCUUAAGAUAAAACAGAUCACUCAUUCUCAUCUUUUUCCCCCCUUAACUUAUUCAGUGUUUCUCCCCAAAACUGGUAAUGCCAACCUAAUAUAUCCUAUUCCUCUUUUUAGAAACCACAAAUUUUCGGUUUUUGUCUUCAGUCUCAGUUAUAUACUGUAUAGCCCCAUCUACUAAAACCUUUGUAGAGCAGUAAUUUUUUUUGUCUUUCUUUUUUGUUUUUUUCUUUUUUUUUUUCCUGUAGACCAGUCAUUUUUAAUAACAAACGAACAAAUGUUCUUUUUUCAGUUUGUUCAUUUUUUUAAGUUAGACGUUUUAAAAGAUAUGCAUUUGAAAAUUUAGAACAUCUUUCCUGAAGGUCUGUCUCCUUACAAUUCAGAAGCACAAAUAUAUCAUGACUUUAGCUCUGAAGGCAGCAUGGUGAUAGAAGAGUUUGUCUUAGAAAUAAAUAAAUACUAAAAAAAAGAAAAAAGAAAUAUAGCAGCCAUAAAGCCAAGGCUCCAAAGUUCAAUCGGAAAAGAUAUGGUGAAAAAAGGAAAAAUUAAUAUCUUACAGGCCUUCUAGUCUAGAUUAUACUUGUUUUUCCAAAAAAUGUGCACAUUGUCAACUGGAAUUUAGGUUGUUUUUAUAUGCAUGGCCACUUGAGUCACUGUGUACAGUCAGUCAUUUUGUGAUCUAAGUCAGUGGUUAAAAUGACUGUCAUGAUCAUUUCUUUGACCAAUAACGUGGCCAUGUUACUCGUGGAGCUGGCCUUAAGCACGCAUUUUGGUUUUAUAGUUCCUUAUAUGUUUAAAUCAUUAGUUAUAUUUGAAUUCCUAGCCUAAAUGCUGGCCAUUGAUGUAUGUCAAAAUUUACCCUAGUGAUUUGGUCUGGUGACCCUCAUUGUUGGGAGAAGUGAUUGUAAUGGUUAUAAGUAAGGAUAUGAUGAAACUUAGUAUUUCAAAAUAUAUUUUUUUGAGAAGUUCUAAGUUAAACAGCUCUUAAAAUGUAUUAUAUACGUGGUUGUGGAGGGAAGAGAGAUGUUUCAUUAUGAGAUCCUAGGCAAAUGGCAAUAGGUUUGAGGAUUGUCUCCUACAUAAAGUAGUGUAGGUGGUUUAACCUCAAAAUAGCAAAGCAAUAGUUAGAUGGAGAGAUUAGAAUUUAUCAUGUAAAAAAAUUUUUCAGGAAAAUGUAAGACAUUGUAGUCAGUGAGCAGAUGAAGUCCAUAGGAGGCCAUGGCUGAGUCACUAAUAGAUUGCAGAAAAGAAGUCAGGACCCUCUGCCAAAUUGUGCCUAAAGUCCCUCAGAGACGGUUGAUUCUUGUUCCCCAUCUACUUGUGUGAUUUUACUUGCAUAAAAUCACAGUGAAAAAGGAGAGAAUCAUUUUUAAAAGUGAUUGCAUAAGUAAUCCUGGGUUUCAGAAGAUUUUAACUAUCAUUUAUGUAGGAAUUACUUGAUUUUUCUAAGUCACUCUGAUCAAAAGGGACCACUGCUUUGACAAUCAACUCUAAAUACAAACAAGGGGAAAACUUGGGCUAACACCCUUUCAGCUUUCUUUUCUCUCUUCUUUACAAUCUGAUAGGAAGAAACCUUACCCUCCUCUAGCUGGUUUAUGCACUCAAAGCCUUUGGACAUUUCUUUUAUGAACCAUAGGCAAUGAGCCUUCAUUCUCCUUGGUGAUGUUAAAGGUCCAUAAACUGAGAGGGAAGAUGAUCUUCUUAAAGUUUGCACUUCAUCCAGUAGGCAAGCUUGAAGCCAUGUUGUUAUGGGUAUGUUUUCUAAAAGUAACCCUGGAAGUGAAUAUAAUAGGAAGUAAAUGAUUUCAUAUUGAAUUUAUUUGUAAAAUGGCUUAGAGCUUUGGUGUUUUUUUCUGAAUUCUGUAAUAUAGAAACUGAUUCUC